AUGCAGAUUAUCCUCAAGGACUUCAAGAAGCAGACGGUGCCAAUUGACGCAGAAUUGCAAGAUACAGUAUGUUUUUUCAAGGCUUUUCCAAUUCUUCUUUUUUAUUUUACGUCUGGGCUCAUGCGUUGAGAUAAUGAGUUCAAGUUAACUAACAGAUCGAUGGUCUUUUUCCAUUUUUUUUUUUUUUUAGGUGUUGUCAGUCAAGGAGAAGCUAGGCAAGGAGAAAGAGUGCGAGCCAUCGCAGAUCAAGUUGGUGUACUCGGGAAAAGUGUUGCAAGAUGACAAAACGUUGGAGUCGUUCAAAUUGAAAGAGGGCUCGUCGAUUAUAUUUAUGAUUUCGAAGGCAAAGAAGACACCAACACCCGCACCGGAAGUGGCGCUGACUUCGACGCCUAGCAAUGCCGAGGUUGCGUCUGCUUCAACGGGCGACUCGACAAAAGUGGAGCCUGCGGCAUCGACGUCACGGGAUGCGUCGAUCACGCCUGCUGACUCGGGUGCAAGUGCCGAUGCAGCUGGAGCAACACCUGCGCCUGCUCCAGGAGCAGGCACGGCUCCUGCUCCCGCUCCUGCUCCUGCUCCUGCCGUGGCAGAUGAAUCUACGUUUGCCUUGGGGAGCGCGAGAGAAGCCACGAUAAACAAUAUUAUGGAGAUGGGCUAUGAAAGGCCGCAAGUUGAAGCUGCAUUGAGAGCUGCAUUCAAUAACCCCCACCGUGCCGUCGAAUAUUUGCUAACGGGGAUCCCUGAGUCGUUACAGCGCCCCGAGCAACCACAACCGCAAUUACAAGCACAACAAUCUACAUCGGGAAUAGCUCCGUUGGCUGAGUCCACCGCGGCUGAAGUUAGUCGUAAUGACGACAACGAGGACGAGGAUGUGGACGAGGAGGACGAAGACGACGACGAUGCUGAUGAGUCGCAAGGAGGAGAAAACUUGUUUGAGCAAGCCGCGGCAGCAGCAGCACAGGAGGGAAGAAGCGGCGGAGGAAGCGCGGCGGCAGAGCCAGGCGCUGCUGGAGGCGGUCUAGGCGGAACGGGUGACGAGCAGCAGAUGCAAUUGUUGAGGGCUGCGUUGCAGUCGAACCCCGAGCUAAUUCAACCUUUACUAGAGCAAUUGGCAGCAUCGAAUCCCCAGAUUGCCAAUAUGAUCCAACAGGACCCCGAAGCUUUUAUAAGAACAUUUUUGGGAGCUGGCGGAGAUGACUUGGGGUUUGAGAUUGAAGGAGAAGAAGGCGAUAUAAUUGGAGGCGGCGCAGGAGCAGGUGGUCUAGGAGGUGGAGCACAAGGAGGUGAAGUACCCGAAGGCGCCGUGCAUUUGCAGUUGUCAGAGCAAGAUCAGAGUGCAAUCAAUAGGUUGUGCGAGCUUGGAUUCGAGCGUCAUUUGGUGAUACAGGUGUACUUGGCAUGUGACAAGAACGAAGAAGUUGCUGCUGAUAUGUUGUUUAGGGAUAUGUAG